UAUGGCGGUAUUUUUAGCAUGUGUGAAAUGUAUCAAAUCGACUCCGUAUUUUUUGCUGUUCACAGUCCGGACUUGAGUGCCCUUUUCGCAGUCGUAAAUAACGAUCUGAUCGUCUUCGCUGCACGAAAUUAAAGUCUCACCGCUCGGCGAAAAGUCAAUGCUAUUUAUUUUGUCGGUGUUUUCCCGGAACACUUUCGCCACGCGGAAACUCCUGACAACCUGAUCUACCAGUUUCAUCUUCAUCUGAGAGGCCGUUUUUGGGUCUUUUCCAAGAGAAAAUUGGCGAUUUUAGAGGAAACGUAAACGGUUCCCUAACCCAAACAAAGAAAAUGGCGGAUGAUUUGGUGACACAGACAUAUCCGGUGAAAUAACUAACACACUACUAAUUCCAACCUUGCCAGUUAAUCGACGUCCACACAAAAAUACACCCAAUUAUAUAAGGAGAAAAUAAUUACAAUAAAACGUACAAUUUUAGCGAAAAACGGAAAAACGUGCCAUCAACAGUUGCUGAUUUGACUAAAACCACUCAUGUUGUCCAACAAGUGAGGAAAAGUCACUAGCCGACAUUUGACACUUUUAAAUGUCAGCCCGGCAUACUUUAUUUAUUUUUUCAAUUCUCAAUUAUUUCUUAUGCGAUUGCAAUAAUUCACACAUGUAUUAAAUAAUUUUUAAGCUCUAUAGAUUUUUUAUUUGCGCUCUGUAUUCGAAGUCAGAACAUUUUCUUUUGUUGAAAGUUCAAAAUCACAUACUUUUAAAUUAGAUUUUACUUGGUCAUGAAAAAACGAGGCCCUAAAUCAUCGGCAAUUUAUAAUCAUUUCGCAACUUGUGAAAGGUGCCCUAAUUUCUAAACGUCAGUCUAACCUCAAAACACAGCCAAGUACAUGUGGUGUUGACUCGACUUGUCAAUUUUGUGCAUUUUUAAAAAAUUACACAAGAUCGUGCAACAGUGUUGUUGUUUUCAUCAACUUUAGUUCAAAGUUCAUUCUUGAGAACUGUGUUUUUAACAUUGCAGAACUACCACAUAAUGGAUACUCCUAUGAGCGCUAAAGACGUACGCAAUGCGUAUAUUAAUUUUUUCAAGGAGAAAAACCACGAAUAUGUGCAUUCCUCUUCAACGAUUCCUUUAGAUGAUCCAACUCUAUUGUUUACCAAUGCUGGGAUGAAUCAAUUCAAACCGAUUUUUUUGGGCACUGUUGACCCCAACAGCGAUUUGGCAAAACUCACACGAGCCGUAAAUUCGCAAAAAUGUAUCCGUGCCGGGGGCAAACAUAACGAUUUGGAUGAUGUUGGUAAAGACGUUUACCAUCACACUUUUUUCGAAAUGAUGGGUAAUUGGUCGUUUGGGGACUAUUUCAAGAAGGAGAUAUGCGCCUGGGCUUGGGAGUUUCUCACGAAACGACUCCACUUACCUGCAGACCGACUUUACGUCACUUAUUUUGGUGGCGACAAAGCUGCGGGUUUGGAGCCUGACAAUGAGUGUAAACAGAUUUGGUUAAGUUUGGGCGUCCCCGAAAACCACGUACUCCCCGGCAACAUGAAGGACAACUUCUGGGAAAUGGGCGAAACGGGGCCUUGUGGUCCCUGCUCUGAACUCCAUUUCGAUCGUAUUGGGGGACGCGACGUUCCAGAACUUGUCAAUCAAGACGAUCCUGACGUUUUAGAAAUUUGGAAUUUGGUCUUCAUCCAAUACAACCGUGAAUCUGACGGCAGUUUGAAAUUUUUGCCCAAAAAACACAUCGAUUGUGGCUUGGGUUUGGAACGACUAGUGUCAAUAAUGCAGAAUAAAAGGUCAAACUACGACACUGACCUUUUCUUGCCCCUGUUUGACGCUAUUCAAAAAGGAACCGGGGCUCCGCCGUACGGGGGCAAAAUCGGAGAUGCCGAUAAAGACGGAAUCGAUAUGGCCUACCGAGUGUUGGCCGAUCAUGCCCGAACUAUUACAAUUGCGCUAUCGGAUGGGGGAAAUCCCGAUAAUACGGGCCGAGGAUACGUAUUGAGGAGGAUUUUGCGUCGGGCUGUGCGAUAUGCAACAGAAAAAUUGAACGCUAAACCUGGAUUUUUCUCGACUCUUGUUAAUACGGUUGUUGAAAUUUUGGGGGACACUUUUCCAGAAGUUUGCAAAGACCCGCAAAGCACUAUUGAUACGAUAAAUGAAGAAGAAGAGCAGUUUUUGAAAACAUUAUCGCGUGGAAGAAACUUGCUUAACAGAACUAUUACUAAAUUGGGUGACUCUAAAACUCUGCCAGGGGAUGUGGCUUGGAGGUUGUAUGAUACUUACGGAUUUCCGGUCGAUUUGACUCAGCUGAUGGCAGAAGAAAAGGGGCUAAAUGUCGAUAUGGCCGUUUAUGAGGAAUCGAAAAAACAAGCACAAAUUGCCUCACAGGGCAAAGGCUCGGGCGUGGAGGACACCAUCAACCUCGAUGUGCACGCCAUCACCGAGCUUCAAAACCUGGGGAUUCCCCCGACUGAUGACUCCCCCAAAUACAACUACGCUGCCAGUAGCGGCGUUAAUGAGGAGUAUAAGUUCGAAUCAUGUCAAAGCACCGUGAUAGCCCUCCGCUACAACAAGCAAUUCGUCGAUCAGGUCCACACAGGCCAAGAGUGUGGUAUUCUCCUCAACAAAACAAACUUCUACGCCGAACAAGGGGGCCAAAUUUACGACACCGGUUACAUAGUGAAAAUCGGCGACGACAGUGUGGAAUUUUCGGUAAAAAAUGUCCAAGUACGGGGGGGUUACGUCAUCCAUAUUGGGAGUCUCGAAGGCACGAUUAGUAAAGGCGAUAAGGUGGCUUUGCACGUCGAUUCGUCUCGGAGACGCCUGAUUAUGAAUAAUCACACCGGAACUCAUGUUCUAAAUUACGCCCUAAGGAAGGUUUUGGGGACUGACGCUGACCAGAGGGGGUCUUUGGUGGCCCCAGAUCGGUUGAGGUUUGAUUUUACAAAUAAGGGGGCUAUGACUGUCGAUCAGGUCAAAAAUACCGAAUUGAAUUCCAAGGAAUUGAUCUCGAGGAAUGAUCAAGUGUUUGCAAAGGAAUCGAACUUGGCUGUUGCUAAGACGAUAAGGGGGCUGCGUGCGGUAUUUGAGGAGACGUAUCCAGACCCGGUAAGGAUAGUUUCAAUUGGUAUCCCCGUUGAGAAGUUAGAAGCAGACCCGUUUAGCCCCGCUGGUGAUAAUACGUCAAUUGAAUUUUGUGGGGGCACCCAUUUGAAAUAUUCGGGCCACAUUGGUGACUUCGUAAUCGCCAGUGAGGAGGCUAUAGCUAAAGGAAUUCGGAGAAUUGUAGCUCUAACCGGUCCCGAGGCUACCAAAGCAUUAAAACGGACCGAAUAUCUUGAAAAUUGUCUUAAUGAUAUAAAAUACCUAGUCGACACUGACAAAAAUGGGGAGAAAUCGAAAGAGUUCGUUAAAAAAAUCGUUCAAUUAACAGAGGAAGUAUCGCACGCUGUCAUCCCCUAUUGGAAGAAAGAAGAAAUAAGAAAUUCGCUCAAGACUUUGAAGAAGAAUUUAGACGAUAAAGAACGCGCGACAAAGGCUGCUAUUGCAAGCCAAGUCGUGGAUCAAAUCAAAGAGUUCGUUAAGGCCAACCCGAAUUUGCCUAUUUUGGUUAAGGAGUUGAAGGCGUUUUCGAAUACCAAAGCCCUUGAUACGGCUUUAAAGCAAGUGAGGAGUUUGAGUCCCUCAACGUCGGCUCUGUUUGUCACUGUUGAUCCCGAUUCAAAUAAGAUGUUUUGUUUGGCUUCAGUAUCGAAAGAAGGGAUUGAUAAAGGAUUAAAAGCUAACGAGUGGGUGCAAGUUAUUGCGAGUAAAUUGGGAGGAAAAGGUGGGGGAAAAGCCGAUUCGGCCCAAGCAUCCGGAAGUAAUUGUGUUGGUGUUGAUGAAAUUUUGCAGUUAGCUAAACAGUUCGCAGAGUCAAAGAUUUAAUUUUUUGCCAUGAUUUUAUCUAGUAAGGGGCACGGUUUAAAUUAUUUAACUUUUUAUUACAAUAAAUAUUUACAAAUCC